GCUGAAAGGGCCCUCCCAAUUGAAUCGACCGUUCAUGAAUCAUGACGCCGAACUAGGGUUUCUCCCACGGAGGUUUUAGCCCUAGCUUCUCUCCUCUUCGAUGGAGAUCCCCCACGAAUCGGGCGCCACGACGACGCCCAUGGCGACGAAGAGGAGGAAGAAGAAGGCGAGCUCGAAGGAGGGCGAGUUCUCCCACGCCCUCCACACGUGCGCGAAAUCCGGCGAUCUCUCCGCCGCCCUCGCCCUCUUUGACUCCGCCGUCACCGGCGGCGGGGGCGGCGCCCCUCUCCGCCUCACCGCCCACCACUUCAACUCCCUCCUCCACCUCUGCUCCGCCGCCGCGGAAUCCCUAGGCGGCGACGAACCCUCGAGGCGCUCCGCGGUCGACGCCGGAUUCCGCGUCUUCGACCGCAUGGUGGCCGCCGGGGUCGCGCCCACGGAGGCGACGAUCACCUCCGUGGCGCGGAUCGCCGCUCAGAAGCCCCAUGGGGGAGACAUCGCCUUCGAGUUGGUUGAGACUAUGGGGGAGAAGUACGGUGUGGCGCCGCGGCUGAGGACGUACGGACCGGCUCUCUUCGCGUAUUGCCGGGGUCUACAGGCGGAGAAGGCGUACGCCGUGGAGGCUCACAUGGCCUCCAUGGGCAUCUCCCCGGAGGAGCCGGAGAUUGCGGCGCUAUUGGAGGUGAGCACGAAGCUGGGGUUGGAAGAGAAGGUGUAUCACUACCUGCAUAGGUUGAGGAGCACUGUGAAGUGUGUGGAGAAAUCAACGGCUGAGAUUUUGGAGCGUUGGUUUAGUAGUAGUAAGAGGGCGAGAGAGGUCAGGAGCGACGGUCGGGAUGUUGGUAAGGUAAAAGAUGCGGUUUUGAUUAAUGGGGGAGGAUGGCAUGGAUUGGCUUGUGUGGAUAUCGGUCUGGAGGAGACUCAGAAGUUUGCAGAGUCCGUGGCGAGUUUGGCGAUGGAGAGAGAAACCAAAUCAAAUUUCAGAAAUUUUCAGGAAUGGUUGGAAGCACAUAAUGAAUACGAAGCUAUCAUUGAUGGAGCAAAUGUUGGACUUUAUCAACAAAAUUUCGCAGAUGGUGGUUUUAGUUUGUCUCAGCUUGAUGCAGUUGUCAGAGAACUUCAGACAGGGAGCAAGAGGAAAUGGCCGCUCAUCGUACUGCAUAAUAAGCGUGUUCUCUCUCUGAUAGAAAAUCCUUCCAAUAGGCAGCUAAUUGAGACUUGGAGAGCUGAAGGGGCACUAUACACAACACCAAGUGGAUCAAAUGAUGAUUGGUAUUGGCUCUAUGCAGCAAUUAAGCUCAAAUGCUUGGUUGUGACUAAUGAUGAGAUGAGAGAUCACAUAUUUGAGCUCCUAGGAAGGUCACUUUUCCCAACGUGGAAAGAACGGCACCAAGUUAAAUACACUUUUACCAAAGGUAAUCCGAUUCUCAUAAUGCCACCUCCAUAUUCUUUAUUCAUUCAGGAGUCGGAAACAGGAUCAUGGCAUGUGCCCAUAGAUGACAAUUGCAGUGAUGAGAGACUGAGGAGUUGGCUUUGUAUUACUAGACCAAGGGCUAGUGAAGGCCAUGAAGAAGCUGAUGUAAUUAGUGGAUCUUUCCAAUUAUUAACGAGUGCGAACGAUGAGAUGAGCAACGUUUCAUCAAAAAAUCUCAAUGGUGAAAGAGGGGUGUCCAACUCAUCUGGGCCGUCGGAUGAAACUGCAUUUGAACUAUCUGGUAAAGAUAAAACCGUUUCCAGCAAGAGGAAGCAUAUGGCCUGACCUCUUUCACGCCCGCCAUUUAAUCACAGUUCACUUGGAGGAAUCCUCUGUUUUUUGUGGUUUCCAUGAUUAGUUUGCUCCUGUGGUGUAUCAUCACUUGUUGAUCCGUUGAGCAUAAGCGAGUUUUAGAUUGUCAAGCAUUAGUCGCUAUUUUUGUAAUUUAUGAAAUAAACCGCAGAUAGGGGAUUUGUGGGUUGUAUGCCGAGCGGAGGUGUGAGAAAAUGUGUUUGUUGAGGAAGAUUUUACGGCAUGGAAUUUAGGAAGGAAGAAAACAAUGAAUCAUUUACUUUAUUUACUGUUUUAUUACAUCUUUAUGUUGUGUGUUUGGUUA